CACUACACUAAAACUCAAAUAACCACAGACAUUCAAAGCUGGCCUUUCCGAUUAGUUUUGAUUGCAUCUUUCUUCACUUCUACCAUUCUUUCUCUACAGUCUCAUUGAGAAGACACAUCUAGACUCAUAAGUGGAUUCAACUCUCCAGGACAAGCAAAGUAAUUUAGAGACAGGCAGAAAGUGAGAACAGGCAAUCAGGAAAAAUUUGAUCACUCUUUUUCAAAAGCGAACCCCCAUUUUUGUAUCUCAACAUCAUGUCCUCUCACCAUACCACCAACAUCGAGGAAGAGGAUAGCUUCGCUCCUAUCUAUGCUAGCCAGGAGGAUUUCAACCCCAACGACACUGUCAGUGCCUUCCUUAACACUGCUUAUGAUCCCGCUCGCCUGCAUCCACUUGCUGGCCUCGGUGGGGGUCUUGACUAUCUCAACCUAGAUGGCGAUGAAGUCCUCCCUACCUCUCAAGGCGGUCUCUUGCCCAGCAGAGGAUGGUCUGAUGAUCUCACUUACGGUACUGGCCUCACUUAUAUCACUGGACUGAGCUUGGGAGGUGCUUUUGGUUUUUAUGAGGGUCUCCGGUCAUCACCUAGCCCAGCAUUCAAGAUUCGUCUCAACACCGUUUUGAACUCAAUGACCCGUCGUGGCCCCUUUAUUGGAAACUCGGCCGGUGUGUUGGCUUUGAUGUAUAAUGGAAUCAACGGUGUUAUCGGCAAAACCCGUGGUACUCAUGAUCCCCUCAAUUCCAUUGCAGCUGGUGCUCUCACUGGCGCUAUUUUCAAGUCUACAGCUGGUCUUCGUGCGGCCGGAUCAGCUGGAGGUGUUUGUGCUGUGUUGGCUGGUAUCUGGGCCUUUGGCAAGGAGGCUGUCCUGUAAUUUAUGUCAAUCCAUCUCAUUUGUUUGCCGUCAUAUGCAUCUCGAUUCUUUUUUUUAAAAAAGACAUAUUUUGCUUUUUUUUCUCAUUGAGUAGCUAGUUUCUUGCUUUCUAUCAUGAUGGUGGGAGGCUUUUUUUUUAAAGAUAGAGCUUUGUACAAUACACUUC